CAGGCCCAUAUUGAACCGUUACUUAGCCCCACCAGCAUCUAUUUCCCGACUUGAUCGCUGAGACCAACCCAUAUCACUCGAAGGCGACCGACCAUAUCUCCACUCAGGACCCAAAUCAUCAAGAGCCAACCGCCACAACCACUCCCUUUCAGACUCCCACGCAACAUGUGCGGCCCCGAGACCCCAUCCUCAACACCUCGCAUCGGCGCCAGAGUCGACUUCUUUUCCUCCCCAUCCUCCUCCAGAGACCGUCACCUCCUAGGCAACCUCCUCUUUCUCAACCCAUCCACCCCCAAUAGCCAAGAGGCUACCCACUUUUCGUUCAUCAGCCCAUCAACAUCACCAUCAACAUCAACAACACCGUCGACGUUGUUUGGUAGGGCUUCAAUGGUGGGAGGAGGUGACUCUCGAGACGCUUCAAAUUCCGAACUCGAUGAUCGCGUGAUUGUGUUCAUACAUCAAAUCGGUGAUAUGACCAAGUCCGUUCGUGAAUGUGGGCUGCUAACGCAAUUCACCCUGAACGAGAAAGCCUGUCAAAUGUGUGCUUUGAAUGAGAACCUCUCGAUCAGCGUUGGCCAGGACGGCAUCAUUGGGAGGAGGGUGUCGAUGAUGAGGGGAGGGGUGGUGCUUGGUGACGGAAUUGUAGGGUAUAAUUGUUGAUUCAUGAGCGUUAUAUGGAUAUGGACUUGAAUGGCGCUUUGGGUUUGGAAUCUGGAUUAAGAGCCUUAGUAUUUUGGGACUAAGAUGGGGGAGUUGGCUGAUUAGAUUUCUUAACGUACCUUGUUAAUGCAUUAGUUUGGCGUUGCUC